CCUUAUCGUUCGCGCUAUUUCUAUAUUACAACUUAUUAGGCUUGACGAAAGUAAUAUGGUGGAAAAAACAGGGCUUAGGUUGGAUCGUGUAGAAGGUGCUGCUACAGCUAUUGUGAUUUUUGUGAGUAGAAAUCCUGUAAAAUCUAUGACUGUUGAUAGUCAACGUGCGGAGAUCUGUCUUUUGAUCGCAUCAAUCGCGACUUACGCAACUUCAUUUUAUAUUUUAUACGUGACAUACACUAUCCCUGGAAUGGACAUUAUUACUGCGACUCUGAUUGGAUCUGUCAUGACUCUAGGCAUUGUAAUUUCAAUGUUGAUGCUUAUUAGUGCUAUUCAAAAUGCUCUUUCGCUACAAGCUUUCAUUUCACUUGUAUAUCGAACUGGAAUUGUGUCUAUGGCAUUUUAUUUUAUCCGUGAUGCUGAAGAAGAUGAG